AUGGCUGACCAUGUGGCGACACUGGAACAUAAAAUAGCAACAAUGGAAGCACGCAUGGCGGAUGCCGAAGAUCGCUCAUGGAGGAAUAACCUCAGAUUGAGAGGAGUCCCAGAGAGCAUCUUGCCGAAUGAUCUACAGGCCUAUGUCCAGGGCCUCCUGCGGGCAUCCGCUCUGGACAUACCCACAGAGAUGUUCCUAGUGGAACACAGGGUGCCCAAGCCACGCAACCUACCUGAUUCCAUCCCCCGGGACGUCCUGCUGAGAGCACAUUACUUUCAUAUAAAGGAAGCGGUGUUGCGAGCCAGUAGGAACUCCACAGAACCGUAUGGGACCUAUGCAAAAGUUAAGAUACUGGCUGACUUAUCCGCAGCAACCCUCAAAUGCAGAAGGGACUUUCACCUGGUGACAGAGGAGCUGCGCCGCACUGGAAUUAGAUACCGCUGGGGAUACCCCACCAAGCUAUUAAUCACGAAAAACGGCGAGCUCAAAAUUAUCAACACACCGGAUGAAGGCACCUGGACCCUGAGAGAAUGGGGGCUCGCAACAGAUCCCCCCCCCAUUCCCCCCCAAUACACUAUGGAAAUCAAAGGAAGCGCACCCACAACCUAG